AUGGGCUGCACACCUUCUCACAACGAGAUUGCUAGUACUGCUUCAAGAAGUGGUCUUAAGGCUUUGAAUAAACCCAAAAGUGUUUUGCCAAUCGAUCCGAGAGAUAAGGGAAUCCCUCUGCUGGUUAAAGGUUCUUCUUGCUACAAUAUUGAUGAAUUACGCCAAUAUGGGAUCCAGAGGAAUGACUACCUGGAAGAAGAGGAGGAUAAACUAUCAGAGCAGGACAAAAAUGAUAAUUUACAGUUAUCUUCCAAGGCUCAUUCAGAUUCUCAGAUUCCCAGGGAAGACAAGAAAAUUGAGAGGACAGCAACAGAUGCUGAAGUCAUUAUGUCUGAACUGAUUGAGUCUCAAAAGCACAUCACUGAGUCCAUACAAAUCAGAAAGCAAACCUCCUGUGAAUCAGAACCAGCAGCUUUCGUUUGGGAUGACAAGAAUGAAAGCAACGCAAAGCAAAUCCCCAAGAAAGGAAAGAAGCCAAAAAAUAAGCUGGCAAAGCAAGGUCGACCUAGCAAAAGUAAAGAAAAGUCCAUUUUGGCCCCAUGCGAGGCAGAGAAGAAGGUAGAUUUCCCAGAACCGCUCGUUAGGGCUCACCAGAGUGCUUAUGCCUACUUAAAUCCCAACCUCUCCAAGUAUGAAACUAUACUGCACAUGGCCAGCCAGGCUACCCAAACUCAGCUCUUCCUACAACAGAUGAUAAGCUUUCUUGUGCUUCGCUUCGAUGAAAUCAACCAACUCUUGGAAGAAAUUACCAAUGAUGGGGAAAAUCUCCUCAAAGAUGUAGGUGGGAAUCUGGCGUGGCCAGCAGAAAAAGACGAUUUGAAGGAGCACCCUGAUCUUCUGCAACAACUACUGCAGUACACGGUCAAUAAAAUGCAGUUAGUGAGCGGGAUGCUGACCUCCCUCACCUCCAACGCCCUGCAGGAGACAUGCAGCUACCUGCAGUCUGCUGCAAGCAACUUGGAAGGCAAACUGAAAGCCAAACAAAGCUUUGAUGAACACCUGCUGCGGACGGUAAGGCUGCUUGAAGCCUCAACUGUGGGUUGCUCUCAGUCCCAUGGUGAGGACAGGACUCUCUGUUCGGAGGACAGUGGCAUUGGUGUGGACAAUGAAUCCCUCAAAGAGUUCAGUGCUCUCAGCCAGCAUGGAGGACAAACAAGUGAUUCUUAUGGACACGGACCUCCAUCCCAAAAGCAUGCCAGAACAGUAGGGGGCAUGAAAGAUGGGACAGUGUCACCAGGCACAGCUGCAUCCCGUGACUGUGCACUUGAAAGGCAUUUUAAAGGCAUGUUUCAUUCUUCCAUGCAAAACAAGGAAGCGACUUCUUCCCAGGAUGGAGUACCAGAAGACACUUCUACCAUGCCCCAACAUGCCAGCUUGAGCAAAAGCCAUUCCUACAACUCCUUCCAGUCUGAUUCUACUCAGGAAUGUGAACAUUUCAAAAUCUAUGAAUCAAGAGAUUUUCUUUCUGAUGAGGAUGAUGAUGAUGACGAUGAUGAUGAAGGGAGCACCCUGGGGGAGGAUGAUGAUGACACAAGUUCAUCAGAAGUGGGGAAGGAUGGUCUGCCAAGGAGGCCCCUGUCUUCACCUGCAAUCACUGAUAGCACACAUAGGCAGUCCAUCAAGAGGACGGAGAAUGUGGAUACAGAAGAAAUUAUUCUGAAGAUGAAAGAUGCCAUCAGUGAAAAAAUCAAGUUCGUCCCGGCUAAAUCCAGGCGUAAAGAAUGGACAGAGGAUGAGAGUGGAAGAGCAGUCCUAGCAAAAAGGCCCAAUACAGCAACAGGCAGCCAGAAAACAUUUGGGAAACAACGACGGUCCAGGUCAGAGGAGUCCCUCAGAAGCCAGGCAGAGGACCCAACCCUUCUAGAGCUUCAGAGAACUCAAAAAGAGCUCAGCAAAAGGCUGAAAAUGUUUUAUGGAAAGGANACAGUAAUUUUUCCGUUUUAG